AAGGCAGGGCGGUCUGCGGAGCUCGCUGGUCCGGGUGUCCCGCAUCGGCUGCGCGCGGGUCCCGAGCGGCCGCGGCCAGCGAAGGCUUGGCGCCCAGUUCCCGUUUGCGUGUGGGGCUCCCACGGCUAAGCCUAGCCGCUCCGCCUAGCGCCAUGUCCAAGCCACCUCCCAAACCGGUCAAACCAGGGCAAGUUAAAGUCUUCAGAGCGCUAUAUACAUUUGAACCCAGGACUCCAGAUGAACUGUACUUUGAAGAAGGAGAUAUUAUCUACAUCACUGACAUGAGUGAUACCAGCUGGUGGAAAGGGACAUGCAAAGGCCGAACAGGACUGAUCCCGAGCAACUAUGUGGCUGAGCAAGCAGAAUCCAUCGACAAUCCAUUGCAUGAGGCUGCAAAAAGAGGCAACUUGAGCUGGUUGAGAGAGUGCUUGGACAACCGAGUGGGUGUGAACGGCCUGGACAAAGCUGGAAGCACAGCCCUGUACUGGGCCUGCCACGGGGGCCACAAAGACAUAGUGGAGGUUCUGUUUACUCAGCCGAACGUGGAGCUGAACCAGCAGAACAAGCUGGGAGACACAGCUCUGCAUGCAGCUGCCUGGAAGGGUUAUGCAGACAUUGUCCAGUUGCUACUGGCAAAAGGUGCGAGGACAGACUUGAGAAACAAUGAGAAGAAGCUGGCCUUGGACAUGGCCACCAAUGCAGCCUGUGCAUCACUCCUGAAAAAGAAACAGGCAACAGAUGGGGUGCGGACGUUAAGCAACGCUGAGGACUACAUUGAUGAAGAAGACUCAGACUGAUCCUCACAGGAGCUGCUUCCAUGCUUAAACUUCUUUUGCUUUUGCCAUUCCAAACCCUGGGUUGUUUUGCCAGAAGGAAUUGAUAACCAUUCUUUUUAAAGUCCAUAUGAACGUGGUAUUGUUGCGCUGUGGUCUGUGAUGAAUCGACAUGGCAUCAGUGAUUCUCACCCGUGACUUGCCAAUAAGUGAUGGGAUACUUUGCUGUAUAAAUGCUGUGUUCACCAGUGUAGAACAAGAAAAGAUUAUUUCUAUUUAUCAAGCUAAAGGAAUUUUAAUAAUUUUUUCCUUAAAAAAUCAGGAUUUUUUUUUAUUUUGAGUUCUUUACCUCAAGGAAUGGGAUGUUUGAGUGGGUUUUUCAAGAGGGAAAUGCUUAUAAUAGUAGACCAAAACUCUCAACAGAAUAUUGUCAGCUCUUCUGACAAAAAUAAACAUUUAAAGAGAAUUUA